AUGGCGCCAGGAUCAGAUGCUGGGUAUUUAUCUGACCCCGAGAAAACAACAACCAGCCAGGACAAACCGCGAGGCGACAGCGUCAAUCAUGAUGAUUCAACCGUGUCUCGCAAGGAUGGAGAAGAGAAGGCAGAUCAUACAGAGGAGGAAGCUCCAAGUGCUCCGUUGUCACCAAUGCACGAGAUCGCUUUCAUCUCCGUGAUAUGCAUGGCUCAAUUCCUGGCUCUGGCAGGACUGGCACAAACCAUUGCGCCUUUGAAUAUUAUUGGAAGGAGCUUCAAUAUCACCGACGAAGCAACCCUCAGUUGGUAUCCAGCGGCCUUCAGUCUCACAGUCGGAACGUUCAUCCUGCCCGCUGGACGUCUCGGAGACAUGUACGGGCACAAAAGACUCUACAUGAUCGGCUUUGGCUGGUAUGCUAUCUGGUCUAUUGUAGCUGGAGUGGCAGUCUACAGUGGAGACAUCCUGUUCAGCACGGCCAGAGCAUUCCAAGGGAUCGGAUGCGCUUUGCUUGUACCCAAUGCAUUGGCUCUCGUAGGACGAACAUAUGGUGCCAGCCCGAAGAAGAACAUGAUCUUUGCGCUCUUUGGUGCUGCUGCGCCGACUGGCUGGGUUGUUGGAGCAGUCUUCUCGUCGAUCUUGGCACAACUUGCUUGGUGGCCUUGGGCAUUCUUCGCCUUGGCCAUUACGUGUGUAGUCAUGAUCUUCGUAGCAACUGCCAUUCUUCCCGAGGACGAACUGCAGUCAACGAACAUCAUGGACUUCGAUUUCCUUGGCUGUGGUACUGGAGUUGGCGGACUGGUCCUGUUCAACUUUGCUUGGAAUCAGGCAGCUGUCGUCGGCUGGCAGACGGUGUACACAUAUGUGCUCCUGAUUGUGGGAAUACUGCUGCUGGUUGCCUUCGCCGUGGUGGAAAUUAAGUAUGCCAAGUUCCCGCUCAUCCCGCUCAAAGGAUUCAAGGGAGAGGCUGCUCUGGCGUUGGGAGUCAUCGCAGCAGGAUGGGGCAGUUUCGGUAUCUGGGUGUUCUAUUUGUGGCGCCUGAUCGAGAACCUGCGAGGCUAUCCGGCUCUGGCGGCAUGUGCCCAGAACUCUCCUGUGGCCAUCUCUGGUCUUACCGCUGCCGUGGCUACUGGAUUUUUGCUGUCGCACAUCAAGGUCUCAUACGUCCUGCUGAUGGCGACGUUGUUCUUUUUGACGGGUCAAAUUCUCAUCGCUACGGCGCCGGUUGAGCAGACAUACUGGGCACAGACAUUCGUUUCUAUCAUCAUUAUGCCUUGGGGCAUGGACUUGAGCUUUCCAAGUGGGACCAUCAUCUUGAGCAACAGCACGCCGAAGCAGGACCAAGGUAUCGCAUCUUCACUGGUCAAUACCGUGGUCAACUACUCCAUCUCGCUCGGCCUGGGCAUCGCUGGUACGGUAGUCAGCAACGUCAAUGCCAAUGGCGGAAGUGUCAUAGAGGGCUACAGAGGUGCCUGGUAUCUUGGCAUAGGACUGGAUGGCAUUGCGGUCGCAAUUGCGUUGUACUUCGUGUUUAGGUACAGAUGA